CGGCUGCAACAAAGUAGAGCGCAAGCACAGCGCCAGCGUUAGCCAGCGAGCUAACCAGCUAGGAGGAGCUUAUUUUCUGCUUUAUUUAGAGGGGGAAACAAUGGUGAAACAGACAAUACAGAUAUUUGGUCGCAUUAAACCUGCGAAGAACGCUACAGUGGUGUACUCUGUGGACAACGAUGAGCCGGCCGGUGCUUCCUUGGAGUUCCUGGUGCCCAGGAACGUGGCUGAAGGCUUUGUGAACAACAAGAGGGAGUGCUACAAGUUCAGGUUCCUGAAGGUGUUCGAUCAAGCUGUCAAACAAGAAGACAUAUUUGAAAACAUUGCCAAACCAGUUGCAGACAGUGUGUUGGCUGGUUAUAAUGGCACCGUAUUCGCCUAUGGCCAGACAGACAGUGGGAAGACCUUCACCAUCACAGGAGGGGCCGAGCGCUACAGCGACCGAGGCAUUAUUCCCCGCACCCUCUCCUACCUGUUUCAACGCGUCUCCCAGGACAGCAGUAUGGUUUACACCAUACACAUUUCCUACUUGGAGAUCUACAACGAGAUGGGAUACGACCUUCUGGAUUCCCGACAUGAAGCAUCUCGACUGGAGGACCUACCAAAGGUACUCAUCAUGGAAGAUCCCGACCAGAACAUUCAUCUGAGGAACCUGUCCCUGCAGCAGUCAGCCAAUGAGGAGGAGGCUCUGAACCUGCUCUUCCUGGGUGACACCAACCGCAUUAUUGCAGAGACUCCGAUGAACCAGGCAUCCACGCGGUCCCACUGUAUUUUCACCGUGCACAUGUGCAGACGUGAGCCGGGCUCGGCCACCCUGCGGCGCUCCAAGCUCAACCUGGUGGACCUGGCUGGGUCGGAUCGAGUCAGCAAGACCAGCCUGAACGGGCAGCUGCUCACUGAGGCCAAGUACAUCAACCUCUCCCUGCACUACUUGGAGCAGGUGAUUAUAGCUUUGUCAGAGAAGAGCCGCUCCCACAUCCCCUACAGGAACUCCAUGUUGACGUCUGUGCUGAGGGACAGCCUGGGGGGCAACUGCAUGACGACCAUGAUUGCCACCAUGUCAGUGGACAAGAGGAACCUGGAUGAGUCCAUCUCCACGUGUCGCUUCGCUCAGCGCGUGGCUCUCAUCAAGAACGAGGCGGUACUGAACGAAGAACUGGAUCCUGCCCUGCUCAUAGCCCGUUUGAAGAGGGAGAUCCAGUCUCUGAAGGAAGAGCUGGCCAUGAUGACAGGAGAACAGAGAGAGGAGCAGCUUACUUUGGAGGAGAUCCAAAGGUUGGAAGAGCUCGUCAAGGCCUUCCUGGAGGACCCCGAUCCAGACGUGACACUGUCUCUGGGACCAGACAUGAGAAGAAUCCAGCACUGUUUCUCCCUGCUGAAGAUAAUGAUCAUGGACAAGCAAAGUGGAGGAAAGAGACGCGGUGAUGGCCGAGCGUCGCCGGCAGAAGCGGCGGCGGUCGAUGGAGAGGAGAGCCCCCGCUCUGCAGCAGAGGUGACCAGACUGAAGGAGAUGAUGACGCAACGGGACAAUGAGAUCAAUAUCCUCGUGAAGAUGCUGAAGAAGGAGAAAAAAAGGGCCCAGGAUGUCGCUGCUCAGCUCGCUCACAUCCCCGAUGGCCAGAGCCCGGCCUCCCCGAGGGCCCCGAGGCUGACGGCACCGCCACCGCCGAGGGAAGGAAGCACGGACGCCAUCUCAGCUGACCACGAAGGACGAGCUACACAGUAUGGGAAAAGAGGUCCAGAGCUGUCUGUGGGGAAGCAAGAGGCCUUUGAGACCUUCAUCAGGGACCAUGAGGACCAUCGGGCCAUUGAGGACAACAAGGAGCUUCUCAAACAGAGGUCAGCCGAGGCCAGAAGAACUGGGGAGAAACUGAACGAAGCCAGAAACCGAAUGAAUGAGCUGAAGAAGCAGUUGGCGUUGCAGAGGAGGCAGAGGGCCGCUUUUGGUGUCACGGAGAAUCAGCCAAAGGUCGAGGUCGAGGCCGAGGUCCACCCGGUGGAAGAAAACCUGCUCAGAGACAUCGAGCGAGACAAAAAGGCUUACAAGAGCACCAUCGGCCGGCUGAGAGCGCUGAGGACAGAGAUCGAGCACCUGCAGCUGUUGAUGGAGAGGGCAAAGGUCAAGCUCCAGAGAGACUUCCAGAAGUGGUGGAGCCAGGAGGCCUCCAGUGUGCAGGAGUCAGGGGCCACGGACAGAUGUGCUGCAGGGUCGCCACGUGGAGCCUCGCGGCCGCCUUCGCCGAGCGCGCCAGGAGCCCGGGCACCCGGUCUGAACACUGAGAGGGAGUCUCCAUCCGAGCCAGAACCAGAUCCGGACCGCUCCGCCGCUGUUCAAGCCCUCAGAAGGGCCGUCCCCAAAAGUGCAGCAGGACGGGACGAGCCCCCGGACGGGAGGGCGGCCGGGCGCACUGCUGCCUCUGAGUGGAGGGCCCUCUCCUCCACCGAGCUCUCAUCCGCCUCUAUUCCCCUGACUGGAGACCGGCAGACUGAUGCUGACAUCCUGGCUUUCGUCAGAGCCAGACACAACCUGCUGAACCGGACAGGCCAACCUCAGUGAUAACAUGAAGUUCUGAUGAAGGCGUGAAGUUAUCGUCACCUGACUGCGAAGCACCGCCUGACCGAGUCUGACCAAGAAACGUGUAUAAGACUCUAAUAAUAAGAAAAGACUGUCGAUCAAGAUAUGUGAAGAAAUGCUCUCAUCGGGGUCCAAGACAUACUGUCCACAACAACACAAGGCUCAUAUCCUGGGCAGCCGUGUAAAUCCCAGCGCGCGCCGGCCAUUUGAUCUGAACAAAUGUUGUCUCAAGAUAUCAGAGGAAGGAGCGGGCGGCUGGACAGCGGCGGCUCCGGCUGUGUUUGAAGAACAUCGUCACAGGAAGUUUCCACAAAUGCAUUUCUCACUUCUGUCUGGCUGCACUUAUUUAUUUAAGUACAAAAAUGUUGAAAACAGAGGUGUGUAAUAUAUGUACAGUAUGUUUCUUUAUUAUUUCUGAUACUCAUUAAGAUAAAAUAUGCAGACAAAAUGUCAAAUAGAAGAAAAAAAGCCGUUAUAUGAUUCAUAUCAUUCACCAUGUGAAGCUGACAGACACGUGAUAUCAGUUCUCUUCUGUUUUAUGAACGUUCUCAGAAUAACACGUGGUUCACAAACAUCCGCCCUGGAGAGUGUGGCGUCGACUAAGACGAUUGGUUUCAAUCAUUAUCCCCCCCACACUUUUCCCAGCAUGCACUGGGCAGAAGGCAGGGGUGACAUCUGCACAGGGCUUCCUUAAGGAGCAGGAUUUGAAAGUCAAAUAAGGUUCAGAGCAUUUCUUUGCAUGGAGUAUUUAUUCUGUAUGGAUGCUUCUACUCAAAUAUGGCAACAUGUAAUUCGAUAGUUCAGAGCAGUCAAACUAAGUUACAUAAAAAUUGAAUAUUAGCAUUUGUUCUGCCCAAUUACUGGCCUCAUGAGCAAGGCACAGUUGUGUAUGAGAUGUGCUGGUCCACAUCACGACAUGAGAUCCCGUCCCACCAGACAGUCGAUGGGCUUCGACCGCCGGCCUCGGGGCUCCAUAUUGCUUAUAUUCUCUUCUUCCGACCAGCCAAAGCACUUCAAAACUCCAUGACAUCAUUCACAUACUGAUGGGAGGAGCUAAGGUUCCACAUGCACAUCAGCAGUAACUAACAUUCACACACAUUCAUACACGAGCAAUUCUUGAGGUUAAGUGGAAAAUGACCUGUGAAGUUUGGAGGCAACUUGUUUGCAUGGCUUUGCCUCGAUUUGUUUGACAGAUGACGAGCAGCUGCACAAUUUGUAUCCAGCUGCCGGGAGAAGAAGAUCUCUUUGAUCAAAUCAUCGGUUAUUUCUCUCAGUCAUGGACUUGAACUUCGACAGCGUUGUCUUCUGACCACUUAAAGUGCCGACAUGGACCCACCCGCUCUCCCUCUGAGCCACAGACUCCACUGACUGACUGCAGAAGGAUUUCUAGCUCAUUUAUUUUUGCGUCACUAUGCAGCCAUAAGCCUGAAGUAUGAAGCUGCUUAAAUAAAAAUUAGACCUUUUAAAAAUGUACAUAAAUGUAUUUAUUCUGACUUAUAAUUAUUAUAACAGUUCUAGAAUGAUUUCACUAUGUUUACAGACAAAGACAAGGCACAGAUGUAAGAAAUGAAACUACAACACAAUGUGUUUACACGUGUGUACAUAGUGACUUUAUUUACUCUUUUUAAUAGACAUACAUAUCGUCUAUAUCUAACUUUCUAUGGGUUUCUAUGGAGCAUAAUGCAUUUAAAUCUGAAUUGAUAAGAUUACUAUCUCAAAUUUCUGAGAGGUUUCCACCAAAUGGCUGUGUGUGUGGGGGGGGGGGGGGUGCCGAGGAACCCUGUAGUGCACCAGCCUGCUAAUUCUACUGCGUCUUCAUUUGUGCUCUGAUAAAGGCUAAGUUCAUCAAAUCCAGUACCCUGUAUCUUUAUUUUCUGUCAUGGUUGUUGGAGUCUCAGCUGUGUCAAGGCCCCCACAGAACGUCUACUGGUCCAGCUGGGAGCCCGGCGGUCCAAGAUCAUUUCAUAUGAUGUCAUAUGAAAUGUAGCCAUUAUAGAGAUAGGUCCCUUUCUUACAUAUUUUCAGGCAGGCAAUCGGUGACUUUGGGACGCCAACAGCAGGACUGGAAGCUCCUAUGAUGUGCUCUGAAGUCGAUGAUUUUCCAUGCAGUAGAUUGUGGUUGAAAUAAAAGUCCCCCGAUAAAAUGACUCCCCUGUGAAUUGUUUUCAAAGGCAGCUGUGGGCGCCCGGACGACCAACAGCUGUCGGG